AUGCCAAAAGAAAUUAAAGAUAUUAAAGAUUUUUUAAUAUUUGCUCGACGAAAAGAUGCUAAAUCCGUUACAAUAAAACGUAAUCCUGAACAUGGUACACGUAGUGGAAAUACAAAAUUUAAAAUACGUUGUAGUCGAUAUCUUUAUACACUAAUUGUUAGUGAUAAAGAAAAAGCCGAAAAAGUCAAGCAAUCGUUACCACCAGGCCUUAAUAUGAAUUUUUUUAUUGUUUGUCUCUUAACAGUGUUAUCGAAAGCAUGUGGUUUAUUUGAAGAUCAAAUUGGAAAAUUUGAUUGGCAACGUCAGCACGUUGGUUUUGUUCAAGAUUCUUAUCAACCUCCAAUCGCAAAUCGAAUAAUUAUAUCAACGAAUGAAAAUGUUUUGGCAAUGUUCGAUUUACAAACACGCAAAAUAUGUAAGUAUGAUCAGCCUGUUAAUCGCUAG